GUGCGUAUGCGCGUUCUCGCUCUUUCGCAUUUGCACACAAUGCCAAGUUGCACAAUGCCCCCACAUUGCCGGGUGUAAAGUCCAAAAGUUUACUUUUAGCUAGAGAUUGAAUUACUUUUUGUCUAUUUUAGCUACAGCAUAAACCGGCCACAAUAAACAAUCGCUAUUUCAUCAUCACAUUUUGGUGAGUCGAUGUGUGCAGUUCGUGGUCAUAAUAAUAUGAAGUGAAAAUUGACGACAGCGAAAAUAUACAUAUGAUUGCCGCAUAAUCUGUUUUCGGAUCCCAGUAGCCGUACAUACUAAGUCGCGUAUAAAAAAACACAAAUAGGAAAUGGCCGAAUCAAAGAAACCAACCGAGGAUGGCUCCCGGGACAAGGAGCUGGACGACCUGCUCGACAGCGCGCUCGAGGAUUUCUCCAAACACAAAGCAGACCCCAAAAAGCCGGCCAAGAGCGAGGGCGGUGGUGCUAGCGGCUCGGGCGAACAGACCGUUCAGCACGAAGAUCCGCCAACGGAGCAGCUUUGGAAUGAAGAGUUUAUGGAUCAGCAGGCGAAAAUGUUCGAGCAGCACAUGGCCGCCCUGUUCGGGGGUGGCGAAAAGGUGGACAGCGAACAGAUCAUGCUCGGCUUCCAGCGGAUCGCCGAGGCGGCCGGUAUGGCGGUGCGGGCGGAAGGACCGGCGGCGCCCGAUGCGGAACCGUCGCCGGCCAACACGCUCGACCCCACGAUCAGCCAAAGCAUUAGCGACGCCCUGAAGGCGAUGAGCGAGGGGCGGGAAAACCUGCAAACCCCGUUCAGCCCGGAGGAUGUGGCCAACAUGUUCGGCAACAUUGACCUGAACGCGUCGGGCGAAAACAAUGCCUUCCUGCCGUUCAUGCAGAACAUGAUGCAGAGCCUGCUGUCGGCGGACGUGCUGCUGCCGAGCAUGCGGGACCUCGUCGGCAAGUACCCGCAGUGGCUGGCGGAGCACUCGGCCACCCUGCCCAAGGAGGAGAAGGAGCGGUACGAGAAGCAGCUGGCGCUGAUGCAGGAAGUUUGCACCGAGCUGGAGAAGGAAACGCCCGACGACAGUGCGGAGGUGAAGAAGGAACGGUUUCAGAUCGUGCUGGAGAAGAUGCAAUCGAUGCAGGACCUGGGCCAACCGCCGGCCGACCUGGUCGGUGAUCUCGGUGGACCGGGCAAUCUCAACCUGCCAACGCUAGAUCCGUCGUCGUUUAGUGAGCAAAACCCCUGUCCCAUCAGUUAACUCCGCGCGCAUAAACAGUGGCCUGCUCGGAUGUGACGCUGGGGUCGGUCGCUUCGGGGGGAGGGAAAUGAAUGUGAUGCUCCCUCCCUUUCGCCCCCCCCCCCUUUUUUUUGGUCGGUAUGAUGGUGGUGUUGGCUUCACAUUGCAGUCGUAUUACCGGAAUGCUAUGUGUGUUUGGGUAUUGCGUAGGAUUUUGUUUGUUAGUUUUAGUAUCCUUUUUUUUUGUUUCUUUGGAGCCGAUGAGGCCGAACAAUAUUCACGGUGUGCGUGCACCGUUGGACCGGGUUGCUUAAGCAUUGUUACACUACACCUACAAAAAUAAAACAAAAAACGCUGCAAGCGUUCGACGAAGCGCUGAACUGUAAAAA